UCCAUGCAAAAAUUGAUAGAGACGCGGUGCCAAUAGAUACAAAUAAAUUAACAGUGUUUUCUGAGUCUCUAAAGCGGAUAGAAACCACGCGUAUUUCAAAAAGCUGUUUCGGCCGAAUAAUACUGGCUACGAGCGCAGUUACGUCGCAACUGUUUUUUUGUUUGUUUUUUUUAACAUUUUUUUUUCUUUCUCCGCCCACUCCGGAAAACUGAACCAAGUCGUCGUUAUUUUUAUUUUUUAGGGUGACGUGUUGUCCUAGCCCUCAUCCCACAUCGCCUCGCGUGUUAGUAAAAAGUAUUUAGCGUUCCCGGAUGUGAGCACAGCGAACACAUAGGACGCUGAUACACUUUGUCCGGGAUUUCAAGAUGCUUAGCUCUAAUGUCAUGCAUUUACAGUGAGCUCCACUGUCGGCGCAUACCGGGGCAGAGGAGACUGUCGGGGCCUGGAGUCCGAGGAAUCCGGCGGACAGACAGGUUUUUUGGAUCUGCUGCAUCCGGAGUGAGGCCUUUUCGCCGGGUGGCUGUCGGAGGACCAUGGCACUGCGCUGUAUCUUGAUCCUGGGCUUGUUCUCUGGCUGGACAGCAGGUUACAAGCAGGGGGACAAUGUGACUCUUUAUGUCAACAAAGUGGGGCCUUAUCAUAACCCCCAGGAGACAUAUCACUACUACACACUGCCUGUUUGCAGGCCAGAGAAGGUGCAUCACAAGUCCCUGAGUCUGGGAGAGGUGCUGGACGGUGAUAGAAUGGCAGAGUCACUGUAUCACAUCCGGUUCAGAGAAAACAUGGAGAAAAAAACCCUUUGCAAACUCACCCUUUCAGAAAAACAGGUGGAUGAACUCCGUGAAGCCAUCGAGGAGCUGUACUACUUUGAAUUUGUCUUAGAUGAAAUACCGAUCUUGGGGUUUGUGGGAUAUAUCGAGGAAAGUGGCUUCCUGCCUCACAGCCACAAGGUGGGUUUGUGGACUCACCUAGACUUCAACAUUGAGUACAACGGCGACUCUGUGAUCUUUGCCAAUGUCUCGGUGAAAGACGUGAAGCCCGUUCCCCUGGAGGAGGGGGCGGGCGCAGCCGUGGGUGGGGUGGGGGUCGGCGGUGGUAGCCUGACGGUCACCCACACGUACAGCGUGCGCUGGUACGAGUCCAAUCUGCCUCACUCCCGGAGAGGCGAGCGCCUCAGAGACUACUCUUUCUUCCCCAAAACGCUGGAAAUCCACUGGCUGUCCAUCAUUAACUCACUGGUGCUGGUCGUCCUGCUGCUGGGCUUCGUCAUCAUCAUCCUCAUGCGAGUUCUGAAGAAUGACUUUGCCAGGUACAACGUGGAAGAGGAAGGCGGCUGCGAUGAUCUGGACCAAGGAGACAACGGCUGGAAAAUCAUCCACACCGACGUCUUCAGAUUCCCCCCUUUCAAAAGCUUGCUGUGCGCCGUGCUGGGAGUCGGAGCUCAGUUCCUGACGCUGGCCACAGCCAUCAUCCUCAUGGCGUUGCUUGGAAUGUUCAACGUCCACCGCCACGGCGCCAUCAACUCGGCGGCCAUCGUCCUGUACGCUCUGACCAGCUGUGUGUCGGGCUACGUCUCGUGCAGCUUCUACACACAGAUCAACGGCCAGCGCUGGGUGUGGAACAUCAUCCUGACAUCGUCUCUGUUCUCAGCUCCCCUGUUCAUCACUUGGAGCGUGGUGAACUCCAUCCACUGGUGGAGCGGCUCCACGCAGGCUCUGCCGGCCACCACCGUGCUCCUACUGCUGGGCGCCUGGCUGCUGGUGGGCUUCCCGCUCACCGUCAUCGGAGGCAUCGUGGGGAAAAACCGGGCGGGCGGCUUCCAGGCGCCGUGCCGCACGCGCAACAUUGCCCGGCAGAUCCCCACGCAGCCGUGGUACAAACACACGUUUGUACACAUGGCCAUCGGGGGCUUCCUGCCCUUCAGUGCCAUCUCAGUGGAGCUUUACUACAUCUUUGCCACCGUUUGGGGCAGAGAGCACUACACCCUCUAUGGCAUCCUGCUGUGCGUCUUUGCCAUCCUCCUCUCGGUCGGUGCCUGCAUCUCUGUGGCGCUGACCUACUUCCUGCUGUCGGGCGAGGACUACCGGUGGUGGUGGCGGAGCGUGCUGAGCACGGGCUCCACGGGCCUCUUCAUCUUCGUCUACUCCGUCUUCUACUACCGGAACCGGUCCUCCAUGAGCGGCUUGGUGCAGAGCACGGAGUUCUUCGGUUACUCGCUGCUCACGGCGCUGGUCUUCUCCCUGAUGCUGGGGAGCGUGUCGUUCUGGGCCUCGCUGGCGUUUAUCCGCUACAUCUACCGCAGCCUCAAGAUGGACUGACCUACGACAAACCGUGCCCACUCAAUCCCGUUUCCUCGUAGAAGAUGCACAGUCUUGAUUCUUGUCUCUCACAGGGGCCUUGAACUUCAUUUGAAAAGUUAAUGAACUUCAGCAGCUGCCAUUGUUGACACAAAGGGGGUAAAAGAAAGCUCAAGUUGAAGGUUAAAUUAUGGAGAUAAUCUGAAAUAAACUAAAAGGGAUAAUUACUCUCCAUCAGGAGAUGAGGGGUCAGAUGUGAAUUAAGUUAAUGCUUUGUGUGGUACAUAAGGGCCUGUGAAGGCUGGGCAGAGAUGUGGGCUUUAUGUUCUGUUUCACCAGUGACCUGCUGAGCGCUCUAGUACAUGCGUAAACAUAGUUUUAAUGAUUCAGCAGAGCUGGUGUUACUACCUGCAGUCAAUACUCGUGAUACGGCAGCCUGUUCAGACACAGGAAAACAUUUGCACCAGUCCGUGAACUCCAGGUCCUCGCAGUGGGUCGGAGGAAAGAUGCCUUGUACGUGAAUCGUUAGCGGUGGUGGGGGAAAAUAUCGGCAUUGUACUCAAUGGUCUUUGGAUAUGAUGUAAAUAUAGGGUUUUCAAUAAAAUGCUUUUUAAUACAA